AUGUGUGUUAUAUUGUCUGGUAAACCCUCCCAUGCACCUCAGUCAACCACUGGAAACUACACAAUGACAAAACAGCUUGGAACCACACCCGCCACGAGAACGGCAAGAAUCGUGUCUAGCACAUUGCUUGUCCUAGGUCUCAUCACCUUUCUGGUGUUCACAUGGAACGACUACUCUGAACAAAAUAUAGCAAAUGACCCAAACCCCACCAGAAGUCUGCUGUCGGAGGAUCUUCUCAUGCUCGCAAACACCUUCGACGAAAUUAAAAGCAGAACGUCUAUCGUGUCACACCAGGAAAGGCCCACUACCACUCUGCAAGCACUCCCUUCUCACGCAGCUGCAUUCAACGUACAACAACACUUUACCCAAAUAAUCCACACCUCUCCAGUGGUCCUCUUUAUGAAAUCUUCCCAGGAUGACUCCCGCCUCAUGAGAGACCUCCUCCAAAAGGAAUACGAAAUAUCACCAGAGAUAGCGGUAGUCGAUCUUGACAAGCACACCCAUGGGGCCGCAUUACAGGACUAUAUCCGUCUGAAUAAAUUAGACAACAGGGGAACAGCCUACGUGAAACUCCCUUACCUUUUCAUCAAUGAACAAUUUGUCCAUGUGGACGUCAAGAACGUUAAGAGCUUACAUAAAGACGGUGCGUUAUUAAAGACAUUUAAGGAUGCUGCGGGAGAAAACGUCUUUUGGCAUAAGACGGGGGUCCCCUCUAAUUCAUAA